AUGUCUAUAUCAGCAAAACGUUAUGGUGCUCGCCCUGAGAUGGACUCUCAGGCAGGAGCAGUGCCAAGCCCUCUGCCUCGAAGAGGUCCAACCCAAAUUACUGGAGGUCCUUCUCAAAUGUCCUGUGGAGUCAGGGGACGUGAGAAUAGAGCAUCUGGCCGAACUAAGAAAGGAGUCAAAUUAAUGCACUGGAAUGCAGAGGGGAUUACAAAUAAAAAGCUAGAGUUAGAAAAUAUUCUAAAUGAGGAACAGAUUCAAAUAUGCUGUCUACAGGAAACCCACCUCACUGAAGACACAGUCUUCAAAAUCAGAGGUUAUCAGUGCUUCCGAUCAGACCGGAAAGGCAGGAAAAAGGGUGGAAUAUUGACUCUUGUGAGGAACAAUAUCACUGCCUGCCAGACUGAAGUAUAUAUGGAUGGAGCAGAAUAUCAGAUUCUGAAACUACAAACUGGAAAUGCAGACUUCUACCUGAUCAAUUAUUACUGCCCAAGUGAUCGUCCCCAGGCUUUGGACACAAUCCCAGUGGAAGAAAAGAUGAUUCUAUGUGGAGACUUUAACAGCCACUCACAAAGCUGGGGAUAUGACCAUAUAGACCAGAGAGGAGAGAAACUGGAGGAGUGGCAGGAUGAGAACAGAUUUAUUCUUAUUAAUAGGCCAACUGAUCCACCCACAUUCUACUCGAGGUCGUGGCACGCCACUACUACCCCAGACCUAGCAUUUCACUCUCCAGAUCUGGAAUGGAUCAUUAAACGAGUUGUUGGAAAUCAACUGGGAGGCAGUGACCAUCGACCGGUCUUCCUGAAUAUAGAAAAUGAGAAGGUCAGAGAAACUAGUACGCUGCCAAGGUGGAACUACAAGAAGGCUGACUGGACAAUGUUCAAGCACCGUACCAGUAUACUGCUUGGAA